AUGGCGUUUACUGGUCACGACCGCACAAUCCUCGGCCGUCUCACCACCGUCUUCACGCCGCCAGCACCAUGUACCUACGCCGUCGGGCGGUGCUCGACAUGCGAUGUCGCCUGGUGGGGACAGACGUGUGCGCAGUCAAGUGUGCAAGAUGACACGAACUGCUGGCCUACCACCACGGACGGGGCGCCCGAGCCCAGCCAGGCGGCGUUGUAUGGCUGGGGCUUCUACUCCCCCGGCUUGGAGUGCCCGGAGGGCCAUACGACGGCAUGCACGGCGAUCGCGGGCGAGUCGUCGCAGUGGAAGGUGCAGUUCCUGAUGGAAGCCGAGGAGACCUUUGCGGGCUGCUGCCCAACGGGCUUCCACUGCGACAACCUCAACGGCCAGACGUGCCGCAAGGUCGCCACGUCCACCGCCUUUCCGACCGUGUCGUGCCAGGACGGCGCGAGCAACAACUUCGGCUUUAUUACGGUCCCGAAUGCGAAGGUCGGGAGCGUGAACCUGUACGCGCCCAUGAUCCAGAUCGCCUGGAAGUCGUCCGACCGCCCCGAGACAUCAUCCUCCUCAUCCACCACUACGGCCGGCAGCGGCACCGCCCCGACGACCUCCAACCCCAACCCCGGCAUCACCCCCUCCGCGAAUACCACCGGCGACUCCUCCUCCACCCUAUCUACAGGCGCCGUAGCAGGCAUCGCCGUCGGCGCAGCAGCGCUGGCCCUCCUCAUCUUCGCAUCAGCGUUCUUCAUCUUCCGACGCCGUCGCCGCCACAUGAACCAGACGGCCGGCGUCACCCACCCGCACCAGGGAGGACGAGUCGAACACUACGACGCCAGCGCGGGCACCGUGGUGGCGGAGCUCGGGCAGGGCCACGAGCUCGUCGAGAUGUUCGUCGAGAACCGGCGGCCGGCGGACGGCCGCGGACACGGGCCGGUCCCCGUCCACGGUGGGGUGCUGCCUGCGCCGGGAUACUACAACUUCCCUGCCGGGUCCGGGCCGAAUCCGGUUGAGAUGCCGACCGAGAGGAACUAG